UCAUCCUUAUUUGCCGGUGACCACACACAAGAACGAAGCAAAAAAGAGUCGAGAACAGGAACGCUUUGAAAAUCCAAGUGAAAAUCCAACCAUUAAUCAUCAAUUCUACAAAUCGUUUUUUUAAUUUUCUGGAACACACACCCUCUUUCUCUCUAGCCUAGGGUUUGGAUUUCUGCUAUAAUCUUUGGGUUCCAAAUCGUUGUUCAGAGAGAGAGAGAGUUGGGUUUGUUCACAAUCGCAAGUAGAGAUGUCUAUCAAAGCACCCAUUACGGGAAUAAGCAUGGCCUCAACACCAUCUGCUUCUCUUCCCCCCUCCUCUAGUAGGCUCAUGGCACCACCUCUCAGAACAUCUUUUUUCGGCGAUGGAGUGGGAGCUAUAAAACUUACAGGGAUACGACUGUCUCACUCCAUCAGAUCCAGAUGUAACGGUCAUGGUGGAGGUGCUCUCGGUGCUCGAAUGAACCUUUUUGACCGAUUUGCUAGAGUGAUCAAGUCAUAUGCAAAUUCAAUUGUUAGCUCCUUUGAAGAUCCAGAGAAGAUUUUAGAACAAACUGUGCUUGAAAUGAAUGAUGAUCUAACAAAGAUGCGUCAAGCUACAGCACAAGUUCUGGCAUCACAGAAGCGGUUGGAAAAUAAAUACAAAGCUGCACAAGAAGCCUCUGAAGAAUGGUACAAAAGAGCACAACUUGCUCUUGGGAAGGGAGAUGAGGAUCUUGCUCGUGAAGCUCUUAAACGGCGUAAAUCUUAUGCUGAUAAUGCGAAUACUUUGAAGGCUCAACUUGAUCAGCAGAAGAAUGUUGUUGAUAAUCUUGUCUCCAAUACACGGCUAUUGGAAAGCAAGAUACAGGAAGCAAAGUCAAAGAAAGAUACCCUAAAAGCACGUGCUCAAUCUGCAAAGACUGCAACCAAAGUGAGCGAAAUGUUGGGGAAUGUGAACACAAGCAGUGCUCUUUCAGCUUUUGAAAAGAUGGAGGAAAAAGUUAUGGCCAUGGAAUCUCAAGCAGAGGCACUUAAUCAGCUAACAACUGAUGAUCUUGAAGGAAAGUUUGCAUUGCUAGAGAGCUCUUCAGUUGAUGAUGAUCUUGCAAAUCUGAAGAAAGAACUGUCUGGCAGCACAAAGGUAUUUCUACUUCUAUCAUUUGUCUGUAAGUGCUAUGUCCUUAUUGCUAACAUAUGGCUAAUUUGUGCUAGGAAUUUAGGAUUAUUUGUUUGUCUUUCUGUUCCAUCAUAUUUAAUUGAUCUUGGUGAGUGUAUAAUGCUUUCACUUGGGGUUCAAAAAGGUCCAUUGGGAUGCCAAAAGGGCUUUCAUCAGCAAUGGAUCUGCUUCCUUAAAGUACUCCUUCAUGAUGCAGCUUACAAGGAAGGAAAGCUGGGAUUUUUUUUUUUUUUUGGAAUCUUCUUCUGA